GGCCGCGGGUGACACGUAGGUUGGGUGGGAGGGGGCGGCGGCCGGGGCUCGAGCAGCCCAGUCAGUGACACCGGCUCGCCUCCUCGCGAUCUGUACCCGGGCAGGCUGUUCACACUUACUACCCACGCGGGGGUCCGUGCGCGCGGGCACCGCCGGGUCGUUUUGUUGGGCGCACGCUCUCCCUCCAGGAGAGGUGGCCGCAAAGUCGCUAGGGGGAGGGGAGCGGUCAGGGCGGGACUCCUGCAGUCUCCAGGGAUAGUGGGGUCAAAAAGUGGGGAGGAGGAAAUAACAGCGGGCGGCGUCUGGGGACCCGCGCGCGGCAGGCGGCGGAGAAGUAUGCGGAGGGUGCCCUGCCGGGCCCAGGCUCGCGCGCGCUGCCAGCCCUGCAGAAGUUUGGCGGCCGCUGCCCGGGCAGAGUCGAUGGCCGCGCGCCGCGGGGCGCGCGGGGGCUGAGCGGGCGCCACUUCCCCUCCAGCCCCGCUUUUGUGUCUCGCGUCUCUUCCUCAUGCUGUGUCCGGCCGUCUCCCGUGGUGACCGCUGCUGAGGCGCACGCUCGCUCGGGCCGAGGAGUGGACACGGCGGCCACGGCCGCGGCCCAGGGUUCAGGCGGGACUAUGGGAAACGGGAUGUGCUCCCGAAAACAGAAGCGGAUCUUCCAGACGCUGCUGCUGCUGACCGUGGUGUUCGGCUUUCUCUAUGGCGCGAUGCUGUACUAUGAGCUGCAGACGCAGCUGCGGAAAGCCGAGGCGGUGGCGCUCAAGUACCAGCAGCACCAGGAGUCUCUCUCUGCCCAGUUGCAAGUUGUGUAUGAACACAGAUCAAGAUUAGAAAAAUCCUUACAGAAAGAAAGACUUGAACAUAAGAAAGCCAAGGAAGAUUUCCUUGUUUACAAGUUAGAAGCACAAGAAACACUAAAUAAAGGAAGGCAAGACUCCAAUAGCAGAUACAGUGCAUUGAAUGUCCAACACCAGAUGUUAAAAUUUUUCAUCCUGCAGAGUCAACAUGAGGAGCUGAAGAAACAACACAGUGACUUGGAAGAGGAACAUCGCAAACAAGGGGAAGACUUCAGUAGAACAUUCAGUGACCACAAGCAGAAGUACUUGCAGCUUCAGCAAGAGAAGGAACAAGAGCUUUCUAAACUAAAAGAAACUGUAUACAAUUUGAGAGAAGAGAAUAGACAACUAAGGAAAGCACACCAAGACAUACACACACAACUUCAAGAUGUCAAGCAACAGCAUAAGAAUUUACUCUCCGAGCAUGAACAACUUGUAGUGACUUUGGAAGACCACAAGAGUGCACUAGCUGCUGCACAGACUCAAGUUGCAGAAUAUAAACAGCUGAAAGAUACUCUGAAUAAGAUUCCAAGCUUUCGAAAAUCUGACCAAACAGAGCUGCAAAAUGUUACCCUUACCCAAAUGGCACAUUCUCCACAAGGUUACAACACAGCGAGGAGGCAGCCAACCGGGAAGCCACAAGGGGAGUCUCGCUAUAAUGAUAUAUGGCAGAAGCAAGAAGCGAUGCCUGGACGAGCAGAAAAAAUGCAAUCUUAUACUCCCACCCAGAAGGGAGCAGAAUUCCAGGCUGCUGCAGAGCACAACCCACAGGAAGUGGAGGCCAGAGAGCCAGAGGUGCGCCAGGUGGAAGAGGAGCACAGGAAGGCCCUGGAAGAGGAGGAAAUGGAGCAAGUUGGGCAGGCAGAACGUCUCGAGGAGGAACACGAUCCAUCGCCCGAGGAGCAGGACCAGGACUGGAGAGAGCAGCGUGCUCAGAAGGAAGCAGCCAGCAUGCUGGGAGGGCAUCCUCAGGCUGAGGUGUACCCUUCAGCCAAGCUGGUUACCCGAUUCCGAUCCCCGUAUGAGGAGCAAUUGGAGCAACAGAGGCUGGCAGCGAGGAGGGACGAGGAGGCCCAGCGGCUACGAGAACACCAGGAAGCCUUGCACCAGCAGAGGCUGCAGGGACACCUGUUGUGGCAGCAGCAGCAGCAGCAGCAGCAGGAGCAGCGGGAGCAGGAGCGGCAGUUUCUGGCCAGAGAGAUGGCCCAGCAGAGGCAGGCUGGGCACGAGGAGGGCCUGCGGCAGCACCAGGAGCAGCUACGGCAGCAAGCUCACUAUAAUGCUGUGGAUAACGAUAUCAUUCAGGGACCAGAGGACCAGAGAGUCCAAGAAGAGGAAGGAGGUGCCUAUGAAAGAGAAAACCAGCACCAAGAUGAAGCUGAAGGAGAGCUAGGUAACCGGCAUGAGCUCCAGGAACAAGGUGCCCGAGAAGCCGACUCGGAAUCGGAGGCAAAUAGGGUAGCAGUCGAGGAUAUAAACCCAGCAGAUGACCCAAAUAAUCAAGGUGAAGAUGAAUUUGAGGAAGCUGAACAAGCGAGAGAAGAAAAUUUGCCUGAUGAAAAUGAAGAACAGAAACAAAAUGAUCAAAAGCAAGCGAAUGCUGAAGUGGAGGAACAUUUGGUGAUGGCAGGAAAUCCAGACCAGCAGGAGGAUAAUGUUGAUGAACAGUACCAGGAAGAGGGAGAAGAGGAGGUACAAGAAGAUUUGACUGAAGAGAAAAAAAGGGAACUGGAGCGUAAUGCUGAGGAGACCUACGGGGAAAACGAUGAAAAAAUGCUGAUGAUAAAAACAAUGCUGGAGUCCAAGAUGACACCCGCAGGAAAGGUGGGGAACACUAUGAAGAGGAGGAGGAGGAGGAUGAAGAGGGCGCUGCUGCUGCUGAGAAAUCGCAUCGCAGAGCUGAAAUGUAGCUGCAGCCCAUUUCCAGGCAAUGCUCAGCCAAUGAACAUUUUUCAAGCUGCUCUAAAAUAAAUCUGCCUACUGAACUUUAGGAUAUUUAAUUGCAAAAAUUAAGAAUUUAGACUUUUUAAACUUUUUUAUUAGAAAUGCUCAUACAUUUUUAUAACUAUAUUUUGAUAACUUAGGUUAGAACUUAUUUUAUAUUCAAGCUAAACACAUACAAGAAGAAAAACAAUAAACAUAAUUAUACCUUAGGCUCAGGACCUUAUGUUUCAUGGAUUGUGUGAUGUGGGGAAGAACACUGCUUUUGUAUAUUUCUCAAGUUGUUAUUUUCCUGGCUCCUGACUUCCAUGUUCUCCUUGCCUUUGAUAAAAUACAGGGUUUUGUAACAGGGAAUGUGAUAAAAUGCUGUGCACACUAAAAGGAGCUAGUCUACUAAUGGCUACUUUUCGAGGUUCUUAUGUGUAGUUCUGAUAAAAUUCUCACUGGUCUGCAUUUCUGGGAUGAGAUCUAUAUACAGAGUGACAUGCAAUUAGAAAUCCAUUUUUGUUGCAGAGUAAGGACGUUGUUUUUCAAAUUUUUUAGAUCUUUUUGAAACAUAGAUAAUGUCACUUAAAAUUGUAAUUGUUUUACUUGAAAGGAAUAUUGCAAAUGAGAUAGUACUAAAUUUCAUAUGGUAGCAUCCUGAAUGUGAACAGUAUUUCACUGUUCUAAAAAAGGUAUGACAAAGAUAUUAAACAUCAAUAUUUUAACCUUUUUUAAGGAUGGUGAUAACCUAAAUUAAUGGACAUGUGUGGUGUUUUCUGUGUGAGCACCUGUUCACAGUGUUUUUUGACAUCACCGAGAUACAUGUUUAUUUCAGUAGGUAGUUCCUCACAGGAAUGUAUGUUUCUCCUUUAAGCUCUGUGCCUCAACAUAUAGUCUGUUUUAUGACAGUUAUAAAUAUAAAGACAUACCUAUCCUUCAUUUUAUAGACUAGGUAUUUUAAAUAUUCCACUUAAUAGGAUUAUUUUUCAAAACUAUAUAGUAAAAAACAACCUUUCACAGUAGCAUCAAGGAAAAUGAAAUAUUUAGGAAUUAACCUAACCAAGGAUGUGAAAGACCUCUAUAGUGAAAACCACAGUACUCUGCAAAAAAAAGUAUGUAUAUACAUGAUUAUAUGAUAGACCCUUGUGUCUUUUCUGUUGCUAAGAAUCAGUUUGCCUUCUUCCUACAUGCAAGGUAUUUCAAUGAAUAUAAAUUAUAAUAGGUCCCUUUGAAAGGGAAAUUAAAAAGCAAAAAUUUCCACAUAAAUAAAGACACAUUUCAGGAGCAAACAAAAACUUUUAUAUAUACCAAAUGAGGUUAUGUAAUUCAUAUGUGUGGUUUUUAAAUAAGACUUCCAAAAUAAUAUAAACAAAUUUCACUUUCAGCCAUUGUUGUAUGAAUAUAAUUUUGUUUUUUAAUAACUACAUUCAUGUAUGGUUUUGAUUAUUCCUGUUGAGCAGUUAUGUAUGUAUGCACAGGAAUAUUUUGUUCAAAGUAUCUUGGAUUUCCAAUAAUCAUAAGUCAGAUCUUACUUUUAUGUAUAAAAAUUUUAUGUAAUGUAAAAUGUAUAAUAUUGUACAUAAUAAUCAGAAUACAAUUAUUUUGGUAAAUUAGUUUGUAUUUUUAAUGUCCCAGUUGCAGUAUUUAAUUAUUUGAAACAUUACAACUUGGUAAUAGUCAAUAAAGCUAUAAAAAGCAA